AUGAAAUGUAGCGCACAGAGAGCGGAGGUGCGACGCCUCGCGGCCGCAGCGACGACUUCAGAGCCAAGUUUCGGUGGCAACGCUCACCCAGGAAUUCAUUUAGCUCCGAUAAGUGUUCUAUGUGCGGGGGUGAAGUGGAGGGGGCGGCGCAGCCCCGGGGGGCAUACUUACUACGUGAUUAAUCCGCGCCCCCUCCCCCCGGCCCGCGCCGCGCUCCCCGCGCGUGUCGGGCGCGCCGUACUCGCACCGGGUUUCCUCGUCCCCGCGCCUCACGGCCACUCACUACGCACGGGGCUCCGCGUAGUGCCGCCGCCAGUCGCGCUGCGACCCGCGCAGACGUCGCAUCUCGUUCGUGGUACUUCUUACAUCGUA